GAAACUUGGUAAAAAAGUUAAUGAAGGUAAAACGAAAGAAGUGUACGAGCUGCCGGAUAUGCCGGGAUGUGUUCUCAUGCAGUCAAAAGACCAAAUAACAGCGGGAAAUGCAGCCAGGAAGGACCGAAUGGAAGGGAAGGCUGCCAUUUCCAAUACAACAACUAGCUGUGUGUUUCAGUUGCUUCAAGAAGCUGGAAUCAAAACGGCUUUUGUCAGGAAACAGAGUGACACAGCAUUCAUAGCAGCUCACUGUGAAAUGAUACCAAUUGAAUGGGUGUGCAGAAGAAUUGCUACUGGCUCCUUCCUCAAAAGAAACCCUGGCGUCAAAGAAGGAUAUAAGUUUUACCCACCCAAAAUUGAGAUGUUUUACAAGGAUGAUGCUAAUAAUGAUCCACAGUGGUCUGAGGAGCAGCUAAUUGAAGCAAAAUUCUGCUUUGCUGGACUUACUAUUGGCCAGACUGAAGUGGAUAUUAUGGCUCGUUCUACUCAAGCUAUUUUUGAGAUCCUGGAAAAAUCAUGGCAGCCCCAAAACUGCACUCUGGUAGACCUGAAGAUUGAAUUUGGUGUUAAUAUUCUGACAAAGGAAAUUGUUCUUGCCGAUGUUAUUGAUAAUGACUCAUGGAGACUGUGGCCAUCAGGAGACAGAAGCCAACAGAAGGAUAAACAGUCCUACCGGGACCUAAAAGAAGUGACUCCUGAAGCACUGCAAAUGGUUAAGAGAAACUUCGAAUGGGUUGCAGAAAGAGUGGAGUUACUUCUGAAAACAAAGAGCCAAGGUAGAGUUGUGGUGUUGAUGGGAUCUCCUUCUGACCUCAGUCACUGUGAAAAAAUAAAAAAGGCAUGUGCGACCUUUGGAAUUCCUUGUGAGUUAAGAGUGACCUCUGCUCACAAAGGGCCAGAUGAAACCCUGAGGAUCAAAGCAGAAUAUGAAGGAGAUGGAAUCCCAACAGUGUUUGUUGCAGUAGCUGGCAGAAGCAACGGUUUGGGGCCAGUGAUGUCUGGUAACACUGCUUACCCAGUUGUCAACUGUCCUCCACUCUCAGCUGACUGGGGUACUCAGGAUGUGUGGUCCUCUCUCAGACUACCCAGCGGUCUUGGCUGUCCUACUACUCUGUCACCUGAAGGAGCUGCCCAGUUUGCUGCCCAGAUAUUUGGGUUAAACAACCAUUUGGUGUGGGCCAAACUGCGAUCAAAUAUGUUAAACACCUGGAUCUCCUUGAAGCAGGCUGACAAAAAACUUCGAGAGUGCACCUUGUAAGUUGUACUAACAAGUAACUUUUAUUAGUUAUGCAAAGAUAAUGGCGUGCAUAUUCAUUCAUAUUAGGAUUUACAUCUGGAUGAGUUCAAAAGUCCUGCAUCCUUUUUUACAGAAGAAAGCAUUAUUAGAGCAGCAGAUGAGGUCUGUGUCCUCAUCCUUCCCUUGUGUAUUUUUUUAAUACUUAGUAAAAGAUGGGGAAGUAGUAUUUUAGAUAUCUCUUUCUGUUGCUCCAAAA